CCGCCCGUAACACGUGGAUCGUCUGGACUUUGUCGGCUGCGAAUUUCUGGCGGCACUACGCCAGUUCCUGGACGGUUUCAGACUCCCAGGCGAGGCGCAGAAGAUCGAUCGACUGAUGGAAAAGUUCGCGAGCAAAUACUGCGAGUGCAAUCCCGACCAGGAGUUGUUCACCAGUCCAGACACAGCCUACGUGCUGGCAUUUUCCAUCAUCAUGCUGACUACUGAUCUGCACAGCGCCCAUGUCAAGCACAAAAUCACCAUGGAGCAGUACAUCCGGAUGAACCGCGGGAUCAACGGCGGAGAGGACCUGCCGCCUCUCUACCUGACGAGAAUAUACGACGACAUCGCCGGCAACGCCAUCAAGAUGAGGGUCAUACCGUGCGCCAGACCUGGCAGACAGGUGGCCCAGAACGAGAAGCAGCGCCGGCUCCUGUUCAACCUGGAGAUGGAGCAGAUGUCGAUGGCGGCCAGGUCGCUGAUGGAGGCCGCCAGCCACGUGCAGGCCGAGUUCACGUGCGCCACGCACGUGGAGCACGUGCGGCCCAUGUUCCAGCUGGCCUGGGCGCCGGUGCUGGCGGCGUUUAGCACGGGCCUGCAGGACGGCGAGGGCGCCGAGGUGGACGACCUCUGUCUGGACGGCGUCCGCUGCGCCAUCCACAUCGCCUGCGUGUUCCAGAUGCAGAUGGAGCGUGACGCCUACCUACAGACGCUGGCCCGUUUCGCCCUGGCCUCCGCCAGCGCCGGCGACGCCGAGAUCAAGGCCAGGGACAUGGACACGGUCAAGAUGCUGAUCCUGCUGGCGCUGCGGGACGGCAACUUCCUCAGCCGGCCGUGGCCGGAGAUGCUGCGCUGUAUAGCACAGAUGGAGGAAGCCCACCUCAGCGGAGUCGGAUGGCCGGCCCAGCAGGAGGGAGGGCUGGCCAGAGAGACGGCAGAGCUGACACAGCGGAACGCCGGGACUCCCAACGGUCCCCUGGCAGUCGAGCUCAGCACGGACCGGCGGCCUCCCCGGCCGCUGCAGCUGUCGCCGUCACAGCAGCGACUGUCGUUCUUCCCUCUGUUCAGAUGAUCCGCGCAGGCUCCUCCGACCUGCCGUGAUCGCCAACCCAGCUCCGAGCUGAAGAUGGAACGGGUGUUAUUGAGAGCAGCUAUAGUCCCGCUGAGUCUGACUGUUGGUGUCAUGGCACGCCGUGGCUGUCGUACCUGAGUCAAGCCUCAGAAAGUCAGAAGUAAUCACGACAAAGGCUGGGACUGUCCGGACUGUAGUGAAUGACCCUAGCUCUAGUCUCGCCUCUCGGGCAAAAGAGAGUGAGCUUGCGUGACUGAAUAUAGCUGGGUCUAGACUACCGUGACUGAGCCAAGCUGUGCGUUGGGUUUCGGGACUGAGAAUGGUUGCGCCUCGUCUGCACUGACUGGGAAAUGGCAUAGCUGUAUUAUUGAGUCUAGCUGGACUAGGCUGCCAUAACUAAGCCUAGCUGUGCCUAGGACACCGUCGGGACUGAGCCUGGACGCGUAUACGUUGCUCUGUCCUAUAAUCGAUAGGCCCAGGCUGUCGUGACUGGGCACAACUGUGCCUUGGCUGUUGUGAUAGAGGUCAGCUCUGUCCACGUCGUGACUGCAUGUAGCUGUACGUUAGCCGCCGUGACUGAGCAAGAGUGUGCCUUGGCACGCCCAGGAGUCUGGGUAUACCGACCCUGGCUGUGUACUGUCCUCUGCCUAGGCAGUCCGGCGCGGGUGAGCGGAACUGUGCCCGGUCUGCAGUGAUUACUGAUUAUACCUAGCUGAACCUAGGCCGAACAAAUGCAUGACGGCUGCGGAUGGGCGGCACUGGGCGCUGUGUUCCCCGACUGAAUGUUCAUGGUUUCAGACCAUCACCCACCAGGAUUGCAUUUAAGCGAAAAACAGCAGCGUCGACGGGUCCAAAUAUAUACCGUAGUGU